CGACAGAACUGACUGGUCUGAAGUUGUUUGACUGUUCGAGUAUCGAUCAGUUGCAGUUUUUCUGGUCGGUAAAUACGAAAAAAAAACGUCAACUUGGAAUUUAUAUUUACUUCCUAUUUACUAGCUGUCAUUGCUAAAUAAAUAAUGGCUGUGACGAGUGGAGUUUCCUUCGUCCUCUCUCUCAUCCUCACAAUAAUUUUAUUCUCUGGAAUGCAAAUGUACAAAGGGUGGCUUGCAUCCUCACAGCUUCACACGAUCCUUGGGGGCUAUAUUGGCUCCAUGUUAUUUAUACUGACCCUCACAGCACUUGGUAAUCUCGAGUCCACAGUCUUCGGAAAAGCUUUCCAGAUGAAACUCUUCCCAGAAGUCUUCAUCUCUCUAAUGGUCUCAUUGAUCGCCUCGGGACUGGUUCACCGAGUCUCCACGACCACAUGUUUUUUAUUCUCCAUGGUAGCACUUUACUACAUCAAUCGUAUUUCUCAGGAGACUUACUCAACACCUAGUGCAGCAGCUAUGCUUCAUACGAAAAAACGAAAAUAAUUCGUGAAAAAUUCAUUGAAUAUCUCCAUUAACUUCAUGCGAAAAUAAUAGCUCAAAAAUAUCUGACUUCCAUUUGAAUUUUAUCUGAAAAAACAGACAUGAAUUCAGAAUCUGCAAACGGAAACAUUUUUAUAUGGAAAUUGCAUUUUCCUUUAUCGAAGAAUUAAUUCCAGAAAGGGUAGCCUAAUCGUAAACGAAUGGAAUGAAUAAUCAUGUAAUUUAAAUAAAUCAUUUUUUUUAACAAA